CUGCUCCACUUUACUCUCACUCUCUCUCUGGAACAAAAUGGCCGAUGAAACUCCUACGUCAGUACCACUACCAGCAGCCUCGCAACCGACACCAAGGGAGGACGAGAAACCAGACUUCCAGCCGCCACCAACAUCAUCUGUAACUGAAUCUGAUUCGCUGUCAAUUACGCAGAAGGAUGAGCCACCAGCACCAGAUACAUCAGAAGUUGUGGACUCUGAUUCUAAAGUGACCGAAGAGCCGCCUCCUGCACCAGUGGCUAUGGAGGAGUCUAGAUCACUUGCGUCUGUGAUGCAGAGAGAUGGGUCUGCAUCGCCGCCGGUGACCACGACAGAAGCGGAGAAGUCUGAGGUGACGGGGAAGUCUUUUGCUGGCAAGGAAGAUGUUGUUGUGGCGGAGGUUGUGAAGGAUAAAGAUGAAGAGACGCAGAUUCAGGAAAAAAAGGUUCCUCAGACUCUGAUUUCGUUCAAGGAGGAGAGCAACAAAGUGUCCGAUCUCUUGGAUGUCGAGAGGAAGGCGUUGCUUGAGCUGAAGCAGCUCGUACAAGAAACUCUCAACACUCACCAAUUCACCUCACCACCUCCUAAACAAGAAGAGAAACAAGAAGUCCAAACACUCCAAGAACCCCCAAAAGUUGAAGCAGAAUCUGAUGUCAGCACAGAAUUGACUCCACCGGCACCCAAAGAAGAAGAAUCAAAAGCACAGGAACAAGAAAUUCCAAAAAAGGAAACCCAAGAAGAAGCACCAAAAGAGGAGCAAAAAGACAAAAUUCCUGCUGACGAGGUGUCAAUUUGGGGAGUUCCUCUCCUCAAGGAUGAUAGGAGUGAUGUGAUUCUGUUGAAAUUCCUGAGGGCUAGGGAUUUCAAAGUGAGGGAUGCGUUUGUGAUGCUCAAGAACACAGUCAAAUGGAGGAAGGAGUUUAAUAUUGACGCCCUUGUGGAUGAAGAUCUGGGUGAUGAUUUGGAGAAAGUUGUGUUCAUGCAUGAGCAUGACAGGGAGGGGCAUCCUGUGUGUUACAAUGUGUAUGGGGAGUUCCAAAACAAGGACUUGUAUCUGAAAACGUUUUCAGAUGAGAUCAAACGAAACAAUUUUCUACGGUGGCGAAUUCAGUUCUUGGAGAGGAGUAUAAGGAAGCUUGAUUUUAAUCCUGGUGGAAUCAAUACCAUUUUUCAGGUUAAUGAUCUCAAGAAUUCUCCUGGGCCAGGUAAGCGUGAGCUGCGAACUGCUACCAAGCAGGCUCUCCAGUUACUCCAAGACAAUUACCCUGAAUUUGUUGUCAAACAGGUGUUUGUUAACGCUCCUUGGUGGCAUAUUGCUUUCUAUACAAUGAUAAGCCCAUUCAUGACCCAAAGGACCAAAAGCAAGUUUGUUUUCGCAGGACCUGCAAAAUCAGCUGUGACCCUUUUCAAAUACAUAUCACCAGAGCAAGUGCCAAUUCAAUAUGGUGGCCUCAGUGUGGAUUAUUGUGAUUGCAACCCAGAAUUCACCAUUGCCGAUGCUGCAACCGAAAUUACUUUAAAACCAGCAACCAAGCAGACUGUAGAGAUCAUAAUUUAUGAGAAAUGUAUCAUUGUUUGGGAGCUUCGCGUUAUUGGGUGGGAGGUGAGCUAUGGAGCUGAAUUUGCCCCUGACGCUAAAGAUCAGUAUACAGUAAUCAUUCAGAAACCUACAAAAAUGGCCCCAACAGAUGAACCAGUAGUGAGUAGCAGCUUCAAAGUUGGAGAACUUGGUAAACUACUCCUCACAAUUGACAACCCUACCUCCAAAAAGAAGCAGUUUCUUUACAGGUUCAAUGUCAAACCCUAUUUUGAAUGAGUAUCACCAUCAAAGUAAGGGCUUAAGUUUCCAACGAUUAAAUAUGGAAGUUAAUUAAAUUAUUUGUUACUUUUUUUGGUGUGUCAUUUUGGAUUUGGUUUUUUUUUUCUUUGCAUAUGAGGCAUGGCUUGUGGAGAGUGGCACAUGGGUUUCAAUGAUUUGGGAACAAACAGAUAUGACUUUUGACAGAUGGUGAAGAGAAAAUUUGGUAGUAGGAGUUAAUGAUCCAUUGCUGAUUGUAGUGAGUGUGUUUUGCUGUGUCUCUGUAUAUUGUAUACUGUCCUUUGUAUGGAUGUGUAUAAUGCUAUUAGCAAGUUUUCUGCCUCUGUAAAUUCAUAAAUCAUGUGCGCUGUGUUUGCUAUUCUUCUGAU